UAGACAGAGGGAAUUGGCCAGACACAGGAAGUGCAGCAACAAAGAGGAACACAUGAGAAGUGAAGACUUGCAAAAUAACCAAAAGUUAUUUUUUUACUUUUUCCUUAAAAGAAAAAGACAAAUCGUAGAGACGCAUGGAGGUGACUUUGGUCAUCGUAGUCUUCCUUCUGAAAGGAUUAUGGGAGACAGAAGCCUUCUCAGUAACAGGAAACGUCGGAGACGAGGUCAAAAUAAUGUGCACUCAUCAAAACGCCUUCUCCAACGUCAAAUAUUUCUGCAAGGGAAAGUGUAACGACAAUGACGUCCUAAUAACAAGCAAACAAGACUCAAAUAGGAAAUACAAACUUGAAGAUGGUGGAAAUACAUUCUACGUGCGUAUACAUGAUCUGAAAAUGGAUGACACAGGAACAUACUGGUGUGGCAUAGAAAGAGUUGGUUUGGACACAUACAACAGAGUAGACCUCACAGUCAAAGAGGAAGAGGCUACAAAUUCUUCAAACAAGUUGACGGAAUUUACAAACCAGCUUGUGUAUAUUGGAGUGAGUCUGGGUGUGGUUGUGCUGAUUCUGGCGAUGGCCCUUGCGAUGUUUUUCAGACACCGAAACAGAGAGAUCAGAGCCUCUUCAGGAAAGGACCAUGACAUGUCUGCAUGUAUGUAUGCAACACCGUCUGCUCAGAAACGGCAUGCGCAUCAUGACAUCACUGCUUCCUCAGCAAAUGAGGAAACAGAGGACGCAGGCUCCAGCAGAGGAGAUUGCAGACAGGACAUGUACGCCAGCCCCACUGUUUCAUCAGAUCCUCAGGUUCAACCAGACGGCCUCUUUUACUCAACUGUUAGCUUCACUAAGCACAAAGGCUGCAAAUCAUCCAUGCCUCUUACUACAACACCAACAUACUCAAUCAUAAAGCACAUAUCUGCUGAAGAGUCCACAGUCUACAGCAAUGUCUGACUUGCUGAUUGUCUGUACACUAUGUGCUGUAAGAUUCUGCAAAGCUGUGCUGAGACUAAAUGAUCAUGUUGUUGCUUAGUUAAUUUAUUAUUUCAAUUGAUGUUGGACAGAUAAUUUACAUUUAACAAAAGUUAUGUAUCACGUUUCUAGUCAGUGUGUGAGUUUAUUUUUCUGAGCGUCCCUACGUUUGACAUAUGCAUCCUGUGAUUUACAAGAUGCAGGAACUGAAAAAGUGAUGUGAGCAAAGGAACCACUGGAAAAAUGUCACACCUACAGCUCUACCUUCACUUACUCACGCAUUAUGAUUAAUCACCGGAUUUACUUGAAAAAAGACUCAGAUUAUAUUUAGAAUUGGAAAAAAGGUGAAGAAGAUGAGAACCGGUGAUGUGCAGAGAAACUGAAGUAAAACAAAGGUGAGACAGAGAAUUGACCAGACGAUGCUUCUUCUUGGAAUCCCUGUCAGACAUUGCUGAGAAUAUUUGACAUCAAUAUGGCCUUUUUAAGACAUACUUGAUGUAACCUCUUUAAAAACAGUGAGUGAAUGAUCAAACAACCAAAAAUAAAAUAAUUUUUAACA